AUGCCGGUGGUGGUGUUGUCGCUGACCGUCACGGCGUACGUCGCGCGCCCUUCCGUCUCUCCUGCGGACGCUUCAGCUGCUUCCGCUAAACAUCGACGACGACAUUUCACGACUCUCUACAUUCCAUACUAUAAUGAUUCUCUUGCGACGGCGUUGGUAGGGAUUGAAUGUGCACGGCAGCAAAUGCAUACUUCAGCGAGAAGUCUAGGCGAUGCUAUGAACAUGCAUCUGCGACGCAGUCGCAUGCAUCUACUAUACCCUCAGUAG